AUGAUUCCGUUUGAAAAACUUCUUCUUAGUAUUUUUAUUUUCACGACUACAAAUAUUUUACUAGUCAACUGUCAUGCAGUCAUGUCAGUAGAUCUUGGAACAGAAUUUAUGAAAAUUGGUGUUGUUAAACCAGGUGUGCCGAUGGAAAUUGCUUUGAAUAAGGAAAGUCGGCGAAAAACACCGGUAAUUGUUGCCAUCAAAGGUAAAGAUCGUGAAUUUGGCGAAGCAGCAAUAUCUCGAGCAAAUAAAAUUCCAGCUCAAUCUUAUAUGUAUUUACGUGAAUUAGUUGGCAAAACGUUAGAUAAUCCCGUUAUUGAACAAUAUUUAAAACGAUUUCCAUAUUAUAAACUGAAAACUAAUAAACAAACACGUGAACUUGUUUUCGAACACGACAGCGAAACAAAUUACACAAUCGAAGAACUUCUUGCAAUGAUACUGAGAAAAGCUCGUGAAUAUGCGACCGAUUUUGCUGAGCAGACCGUUGAUGCCGCUGUUAUUACCGUUCCGCCAUACUUCUCACAAGCUGAACGACGUGCUGUUAAGCGAGCAUGCGAUUUAGCUGAUAUAAAACUACUUCAGCUUAUGAAUGAUAACACUGCCGUUGCAUUAAAUUACGGUAUCUUCCGUCGAAAGGACUUCAGUGCAGUUGGUUCAACUUACUUGUUUUACGACAUGGGUUCACAAUCGACGACGUGUACAAUAACAACGUAUAAUAUUGUUAAAACGAAAGAACACGGUUUUGUUGAAGAAGUACCACAAGUAACAAUUAGAUCUGUGGCAUUCGAUCGUGAUCUUGGUGGCUUGGAGUUUCAAAUACGUUUACGAGAUUAUUUCGUCAAAAAAUUCCAUGAAAAACAUCCGAAGAUAGAUUUAUACAAAAACUCGAAAGCAUUAGCAAAAUUGUUCCGUGAAUCUGAACGAACUAAACAUGUCCUGAGUGCCAAUAAUGAAUACACAGCGCAAGUGGAGGGUCUUAUUGAUGAAAUCGACUUUAAGCAACGGAUAACACGCGAAGAGUUUGAAAAUUUAUGCACAGAUCUUUUUGAAAGAGUAAAAAACCCUGUGAACGAAGUUCUUCGUACAAGUGGCAUCGCUCUAAAAGAUAUUCAACAAGUACUUUUAUUCGGUGGCUCAACACGUAUUCCACGUAUUCAGAGUGAAUUAACUAAAGCUCUUGGCGGGAUUGAACUUGGAAAAAGUUUGAAUACGGAUGAAGCUGCUGCACUAGGCGCAGCAUAUCAGGCUGCAACAAUCUCCAAAGGCUAUCGUGUGAAGAAAUUUCUUGUUAAAGAUGCAAACCAAUAUCCUCUCAAUGUUCGAUUCGAACGUCAAGAUGAGAAUACGGACCAGAAACUUGUUGAUCGAACAUUAAUCGAUCGCAAUCACUAUUACCCUAGCCGGAAAAUGAUGACAUUUCAUAAAUACGUCGAAGAUUUUGCAUUUGAGAUUCAUUAUGGGAAUUUAACAGACCUUUCAGCUCUUGACAAACGUGCACUCGGACAGACUGAAUUGUCACGCGUGCAUGUUACUGGAAUACGAGAAACGUAUGACAAAUAUCGAAACAUGAGUGAACCGAAAGGUGUUCGUGCUCAUUUCCAACUAGAUGAAAGUUCUCUCCUUGUUCUCGAUCGAAUGGAAUUUAUAUUUGGAGGAAAAGAUAAUGGUUCAGAAAAAAGCAAUCAUCAAGCAAAAGAGGAGCAGUCUACAUUCGCAAAAAUUACUAGUAAAAUUUCCAGUUUCUUUUCAUCAAAAAGUCCUGACGAUUCAACCAAAGAGAGUGCUGAAUCAUCAGAUACCGAUGAACAUUCGACGAAGCCAAGCAACACUCAUGAUGCAAAUCUGAAUACAACCACGAAUUCAUCAUCCUCGCCAAAUACAACAAUUAAAUCAGGGCCUAUUCGCCAACCAUUACAAUUUCGAAUUGAAACGUUAGAUUACGUCGAUCCAUCGACCGAUGCUCGUGCUAGUUCGCUGAAAAAAUUAGCUGUUUUGGAUGCACAUGAUCGGGAGUUAGCAGCGCUUUCGAGUGCUAAAAACAAUCUUGAAACAUUCAUUUACGAUAUUCGUGAUAAACUCGAACAUGAUGUUAGAUAUAAAAAAGCUUCAACUUCAGACGAGCAGAAGAAAAUCAAUGCAAAACUCAGCGAAAUUGAUGCAUGGCUAGAUGACGAAGGAAUCAAUGCUGAUGUGAAGGCACUCAAAUCAAAAUUAGAUGAACUGAAAAUAUUGACCAAAGCAUUGAAAACUCGUGUAGAUGAAGUUGACCUGCGACCAAAAAAGCUUCAAGAACUUCGCGAUACUUUGAAUAUGACUGAAAAUUUUGUUCAAGUUACUCGUAAUUUAUUCGCCACGAAAGAUAAGGAGGAAGAAAAACCAUUUACUGAUACCGAGAUCAAACAUGUCGAAAAACUCGUCAAAGACACUUAUACAUGGAUUGAUCAAGCCGUACAUGAAUUUGCUAAAUUGACUCCGACUGACACUCCUAAACACCUAACAACAGAUAUGGAUGACAAAAUUACCACAUUGAAACGCGAAACUAAUUUUCUUUUGGCUAAAGCUCAACGUUUCAUCCCCAAGCCAAAAACAACAACAACAACAAAAGCUCCGACAACUGAGGAAACCACAACAAAAGCGUCCACUGAAGAACUAUAA